AUGCUCAAGCCUGUGCGAGAUAACCUCUGCCCUCAGGAACAGCCCAGCCCAUUACUAGAGAAAAGGAUCGAGGAAGAGGACGAGGAGCCAUUUGUCUAUGUGUGGCCCCCUCAGUCCAAGAGCCGGAGUCGGGAGGUCACAGGAGAACAACCCGGGUCACAGCUGGUCGACAUCCAAACCCCCAUCGUCUCCCUAUUACGUUAG